GUCAAGAAGCAACAGACAAAGCCUAACCAAACCAAAUAAUAAGCAACAAUCAAUUAAGCCUUAAUCAUGAUCAAUUAACCACUAACAAUCCGAAACUAACACACCAAAUAAAAAAAAGGUUAAACCACUUCGCAGUUGAGUCUCCACCAUUUCCUUCCCUGUAUCCUCGCACACCUCACCCCACCCCCCUCACCCACUUCCACCAUCGCCACCACUACUCGGAGGAUACUUUCGCCACCGCCAACCACCAUCACCACUACCAGAUCCUUCUCGCGCUGAAUUUGAUUUCGAAUUUUGAAUUCUUUUCGCGAUGAACGAUUUCGAUGGUCUCUUAACUACCGAUUUCGGGUUCAAACCCCAAGGUAAAUCGGCUCCGAUGGCCGCAGCUAAAGGAUCCUCCAAUUUCGCAACCGCCAGUUCUUCACUCAACUUCGAUUUAGGUUCCAAGCCACCUCGAACCUCCAAUUCCUUCUCCGGCGGCACCGAUUCCCUUUUCUCCGACCACAAGACUCAAGAUUCCGGCGGCUUCGGCGACAUAUUCGGAGGCUCCGCCAGGUUCUCCGAUAAAUCGGACGGGCGAGGAACCUCCGACGCGGCGUUCAACCUAGACUCUAUGUUCUCCAGCUCCAGGUCCGUGAAUUUGCCGCCGGUUUACGACAAGCCGGUGUAUGACGACGACAUUUUCGACGGCGUACCUGGCCUGAAAAGCACGACGUCAUCGUCGAAGGCUGCAUAUGAGGACGUUUUCGCUGGUGCCAGCGGAGGGAGUGGAAGCGGUGGCAGCGCAUUCGAUGAUCUGCUCGGAGGAUUCGGAAAGGCGGAGCAAGAUUCGAAGAGCUCCAGUGGGAGUAGAUUGGAGAAGGAGGAUAAAGGUGUGGCAGAUUUUGAUGAAUUGUUACCUGGAUUUGGAAGCAGUAAGAGUUCUAAUGAUGGGUCCACUCCCGAUGUUGGUUUGUCAUCAGAACCUACAAUCAAUGCAUCUAAAACAGCUCCCACUGCUACAGAAGACCCAUUCAAUGUAUUUGAAUCAGCUUCUAGUCCAGUGGAUUCUACAUCAGGCCACUUUACUGACCCGUUGGAAGAAAUUAGUAAACCUAGCAGUUCAAGAAGCACAAAAAAUGAUAGGUCAUCGAAUUCAAAUGGUGUAGUUUAUGAUGAUAUUGAUCCCUUUGAUGGACUUGGACAAUCUGUGCCAGCAUUCUCAUCAGAGAGAAGUAACAGGAAGGGUAGCAGUUCCCCACCCCAAAGGUCAAAUGCAAGCACUGGUUGGACUAGAGACAAAGAAUCAGUUGAGAAAUCAUAUAUUAGGAGCCCUGAGAGACACUCACAAAACAAGAUGCAUGCUGAACAGGAGAAUGAGUUUCAUCAAGCUCCAUUUGAAGUUCCUACAUACUCAUCUAAUUCUAAUAAACCAGCACGCCACAGGUCUACGUCUCCUCCAUAUGAUAAUGGUGGUUUUAGACAGACUAAUGUUCAGGCAGAUACGCCUCCAACAUAUGAAGAAAAUUUGGAAUCUAGUGAUGAUAUAUGGCUAACAGUAUCAGAGGUUCCCCUUUUUACUCAACCAACUGCUGCUCCGCCACCUUCAAGACCACCUCCUCCACGUCCAGUACAUAUCCACAAGUCAGGAACAGGUUCAUCUACUUCUACUACCAAUGCCAGAAAGAAGGAUAGUCAAUUUUCGUCAUUUCCGAGUUCCGCUCGAUUUUCUCAGGUUCCUCAAUCUGCUCCUGCUGCAGCAAAGUUAUCCUCUACAUCUCCAUUUGAUGAACUAGAAGAUUUUGCCAUGGGCAGAAGUCAUGUUAAUGACGAAGACCUUGGAAAUGGUUUUCCUGAUGAAGAAAUAGAAAUGAACUCUGCUGCUGCAGCUAUGAAGGAGGCUAUGGACAAAGCCCAAGCUAAAUUUAGGCAUGCAAAAGAAGUUAGGGAGAGAGAAAGUACAAAGGCUGCUAGAAGCAGAGAAACUGUGCAAAUGGAAAAGGAUGACAGAGCUGUACUAGAAGAGAGAGAGAGGCAGGAAAGGUUAGACCUUGAGCGACAGCAGAAGGAAAGGGAGGAGAAAGAAAAAGAAAGACAGCGACUUGAGAGGGAGAGAGAAAGAGAAAUGGCAAGACAAGCUGUUGAAAGAGCUACUAGAGAAGCCCGUGAAAGGGCUGCUAUUGAAGCUCGCCAAAGGGCUGAGAGGGCAGCUGUUGGGAAAGCCAAUGCUGAAGCUCGAGAACGCGCAGGAGCUGAAAAGGCUGCAGCUGAGGCAAGGGAAAGGGCUGAAAAGGAGGCUAGGGACAAGGCUGCACGGGAAAAAGCUGCAGCUGAGGCACGUGUUAAAGCAGAACGUGCUGCAGUAGAAAGAGCUGCUGCUGAGGCUCGGGAAAGGGCUGCUGCAGAAGCUCGAGAAAGAGCUGCAGCUGCUGCAAGGAUGAAGCAACAAAAUAACGAAAAUGAUCUUGAAUCAUUCUUCAGCAUGGGUUCACGAGCCAGCAGUGUGCCAAGGCCUCCUAGGACUAGCUCUUCAGACUCUGUAUUUGAUGCCCAAUUUCAGUCAGAUGUAACUAGGAAAUCAACUAGUGUAUCUUCAAGCAUGAAGAAAGCAUCAUCGGUUAAUAUUGUUGAUGAUCUUUCCUCCAUUUUUGGAACUGCUCCAUCAUCAGGAGAAUUUCAGGAAGUUGAAGGAGAAAGUGAAGAAAGAAGAAGAGCCAGGAUGGAACGCCACCAGAGGGCACAGGAGCGUGCAACAAAAGCAUUGGCUGAGAAGAACCAACGGGAUCUACAAACUCAAAGAGAGCAAGCUGAGAGACACAGGCUUGCAGAGACACUGGAUUUUGAAAUUAAGCGCUGGGCUGCAGGAAAGGAGGGGAACUUGCGUGCUUUGCUUUCCACCUUACAAUAUGUGCUGUGGCCUGAAUGUGGUUGGCAACCAGUUUCUUUGACUGAUUUAAUUACAGGCGCUGCUGUUAAAAAGGCUUAUAGGAAAGCUACACUGUGCAUUCAUCCCGAUAAAGUGCAACAGAAGGGUGCCACACUUCAACAGAAAUAUAUUGCCGAGAAGGUGUUUGAUCUGCUAAAGGAAGCAUGGAAUAAGUUCAAUUCAGAGGAGCUUUUCUAAUAACAUCUUUAUUAGAAAAGGACCACAAACCUAGUAGUUUGCAUUGCUCAUCAACCUAGUCUGUUGAGAAAGGACCACAAACCCUGCUUCAGCUGUUCCCUUCCCUAUUGCAUGUUGUUUCAAUUCUGAGCUGCUGUAUUGCAUUGCAUUGAUGGAGAAACAUUGCUUUCCUUGCAUAGCCUCAAGAAGCCCCAAUGUUUUCACAGGAAAAUGGUUAAGUCUUUGGUGCCAUGGACAUUCUUCCUCGGGGGCAUGUUUUGUUUGUGUAAAAUAUUUUUCUUUCUUUCUUCUUUUUCUUAUUAGGCAUCUCUGUCAAUUUAAUUCAUUAUUUCUAUCAAA